AUGGUGCAAGAUUUGCAAGCAGUGAACAGCGCCGUCAUUCAGAGGGCACCUUGUGUCCCUGACCCACACACCUUGUUGAAUUCAUUGACGCCUGAUGCAAAGAUAUUCUCAGUAAUUGAUAUUAGCAACGCUUUCUUCUCUGUUCCUGUUGCUGAAGAAAGCCAGUUUUGGUUUGCAUUUACUUAUGCUGGCUCGAGGUACACCUUUACCAGACUGCCCCAAGGGUACUGCGAAAGCCCAACUAUCUAUUCGCAGGUACCAGGUUACUGGCCUCCUGGCUCCAGUGAAGAAGCUGUGUUUUUUGCUAAACGUAUCACUUUGAAGAACCAAGGCUCAAGCCUUCUUUUGACCGUUACACUCCCUGAUGACACGGUUCGGCCCCCUCACGCUACCCUGCUCAAUACUUCCUGUUGGGGUUUUCAGUUGUGGGCUUGGUCCUCUGGGAAGGAUCCUCAGUUUCCUAUUGUCCUUUGCGUUAACAAAACUAUGCGGGGCGCUGACAGUCCCGUGUUGAGCGACUUUUCCAAAACAUCUGGGGCAGUGAUUACGAGCGUGGCCCUCACCGAUGUAGACAGUCACUUUGUGGCCUCCACAGGUAUGAGUGGCCAGACUAACAAUUGGCUCCUCAUGGCCGAGCAAGCUGCUAAUGUGACUAACACCAGUUGCGUUGUGUGUAUGGGCCCACGGCCCCUCUUGAGAAUCAUUCCCGCGAGUGUGGCUCCUGAGUGUGCGAUUUUUGUGAUGUCUACCCCUUCCAUUCCGUCUGCUCAUCCUUGCUCCAGUUGGGACAAGGUCUAUCCCGUUUCCUCCUUGGCAAAGUCCAAACCCCUUUUUUCCACUGAUGUUGCUAAAGGUAAUUUCACGUGCAUCAAGUUGCCCGGUACCGGCGCAAGCCUAGGCGUUUUGUCAGCUCCUUUGUGCACUUCCCUGUUCUAUGGCGCUGCCUUUUUCUCACCCAUCGCUCGUAGUGAUAUUUGGUUUUGGUGCAACACUGACAAACUUUAUGAUAGUCUCCCUUUUAAUAGCUCUGGUACUUGCGCUUUGGUGACCCUUUUGCUUCCCGUUUUAUUAAUGCCCGCAUCUACUCAUGAGCUAGACGUUUUUAUUGAUUCUUUUGUGCCCCGACCCUGGUCGAGGGCUAAGCGGAGUGCCGAGUGGCAAGGCGCGGCGGAUCCGACCUAUAUAGAUGCCAUUGGAGUUCCCAGAGGAGUGCCGGAUGAGUAUAAGCUGGUGAACCAGAUAGCAGCUGGUUUCGAAUCCUCCAUUUGUUGGUGGUGCACCCUUAACAAAAAUGUUGACAGGAUCAAUUACAUCCACUACAACGUGCAGAGGCUUGGAAAUUGGACCGAGGCGGGCUUCAGAGCGGUCCACUCCCAGCUGGCCGCGACUUCCCUCAUGGCUUUCCAGAACCGGAUGGCCCUUGACAUGCUACUCGCUAAGGAGGGCGGUGUCUGCGCCAUGUUCGGUGAGCAAUGCUGCACUUUUAUCCCAAAUAACACUGCAGCCGGCGGAAGCCUGUCCCUGGCCCUUGAGGGUUUGAGGACCUUGAAUGGGAAGAUGAAGGACCACAGUGGUGUGAACACGGAGGUUUGGAACAGCUGGCUGAAUGUGUUCGGCAAGUACCGCACCCUGGUUUCCUCGGUCCUUGUCUCCCUUGCCGUUUUUUCUGCUGUUUUGACCUUGUGUGGAUGUUGUUGCAUUCCGUGUCUCCGGUCCCUAAUUAAUAAAUUGAUUACGACCGCUAUCUCUCCGCCGGCUGACGCUUUUCUGUUGCUCCCUGAGGACGACUUUGAGCUCCCACGGCCCCCAGGUUGUCAUCUUCGCAUUGACUCCAUUGAUGAGGCCCCCGCUGUGGACCUGUCCGACCUUUUUCCUGAGUCCGACGUUGUCUGAUUGGCUUCGGUCGCCUCCCGGGUGUAAAUUUGUUCUUAUGACGUAUGAUCCUGCGGCUGAAAAUCUUUUGAAGUAGCCUUUGGGUGAUUUGAGGGUCUCUGAGAACUUAUGAUAAACAGGGGGGAAUUGUUGGAAAAUUGUAUAUAUAUGUUAUCAUGCGUUCUCUUUUAGUUUCUAUAUUACUAUAUUACAGUAAAUGAUGUCUCGUUAGAUCUACCGUUAGAUUAGAUCUGCGUACGUGCGUACGUUGUUCUGCUUUGCUGUUCUUAUGUCCACCACAGAAUACCACAUCAGCCAAGGUGUGAGGUCUUGUCUCGGUCAGCGAGAGACAGCAGCAACGACAUUGUGUCAGCCUUCCUCAAGUGGCUGACUCGGCACCUCACACCCUCAAGAAAUGGAGCGCUGGGAGCGCCCCUGGUCCUUGCUGAUAAGACUGCUUGAACCCAUUGAACUUGAUGAACUCUGUUUGCUUCUUCCUAUGUCGCCACAUUAGCAUAACGUUUGCAGUAAUCUACACACACCAGAAGUUUCCUGCGCUUACCAAAAGCAGAAACCGUUUGCGCUUCCCCCUACCCUUAUUUGGUUUCUGCUACACAUGUGAUGAGGAAAAUUCCCCAAAUAAAGAGAGCAAGGAUGCAGACAGACUUUAGUGUAGGUUGGGCAUUGUAAGCUGUCUGUACUGCACUCCUUGCGCAAGCUACGACUCAA